CAUUUUGGCGCGCAACUCGCCACCCCCAAACCACCCUAACAACCAUAACCGUAACCCUAACAACCACCAUAAAUAAUGAUGAUGAACAGAGUUCUAACAACACCCGCCUUCCGUCUCCGCCAAUCCUUAACCCGACCGGCCGCCAAAACCGUAGCAUCCGAUCAAGUCAACAGCGAAACAUUAUGGCAAUACCAGAUCCUCGAUCCAAACGGAGAGCUUGUGACGCGUUGGAACCAUUUCUUUCUUGUAAUGUGCCUCGUGUCGCUUUUCAUCGACCCGCUGUACUUCUACCUGCCUUACGUUGGCGGAGAUACAUGUAUGACCACGGAUACAGCUUCUGCGAUCGCCAUUAACACGUGGAGGUCGUUUGCGGAUGUGUUUUUUGUGUUGCAUAUUAUUAUGAAGUUUCGUACCGCGUUUAUUGCUCCGAGCUCGAAGGUUUUCGGUAGAGGUGAGCUUGUGAUGGAUAAGCGGCAGAUUGCAAGGAGGUAUUUGAGGUCUGAUUUUAUUAUUGAUGUCGCUGCUUCUCUUCCGUUGCCACAGAUAGUUAAUGAGCUCAUCAUACCAGCAACAAAACGAAACAGCGAAGAUCAUGCUAAUAACACACUAUCUCUUAUCGUUCUCAUUCAGUAUAUCCCUAGACUGUUUGUCAUUUUCCCACUGAAUCAGCGGAUUAUAAAAUCGACAGGCUUUGUGGCCAAGACAGCCUGGGCAGGAGCUGCUUACAAUCUCCUACUUUACAUGCUUGCUAGUCAUGUCCUGGGGGCUUCAUGGUAUUUGAUGUCUAUCGGGCGCCAACAUUCGUGCUGGCAACAAGGGUGUAAAGAGGACAUGGCAUCAAAAGUGUGUAUAAGCUUUUUGGAUUGUAACAGCGUUAAUAAACCUGAACGCAAGAAAUGGCUCCAAACAACAAGUUUGAGAACACUAUGUGAUGCUAGCAAUGAAACUUCUCCUUUUAAAUUUGGAAUGUUUGCGGAUGCUUUUACAAGCGAAGUUGCUUCGUCAAAGUUCUUUGAGAAGUAUUUAUAUUGCCUUUGGUGGGGUUUGAGAAAUUUGAGUUCAUACGGACAGAAUUUGGAAACAAGCAUCUAUAUCGGUGAGACGUUAUUCUGUUCCGCCAUAUGUAUUGGAGGUUUAAUUCUGUUUGCACAGUUGAUAGGCAACAUGCAGACAUAUUUGCAAUCCAUGACUGUGAGACUUGAAGAAUGGAGGAUCAAGAAAAGAGAUACAGAGGAGUGGAUGAGGCACCGUCAGUUACCUCAAGAUUUGCAGGAUCGAGUUCGACGUUUUGUUCAGUAUAAAUGGCUGGCAACGAGAGGCGUUGAUGAAGAGUCCAUUCUACAGUCGUUGCCCAUUGACCUCCGUCGCGAAAUUCAACGCCAUUUAUGCCUUAAUCUUGUUCGUCGGGUGCCUUUCUUCUCACAAAUGGAUGACAACCUUCUUGAUGCCAUCUGCGAAAGGCUCGUGUCAUCCUUAAGCACACAAGGCACUUACAUUGUUCGCGAAGACGAUCCGGUAAAUGAGAUGUUGUUCAUCAUCAGAGGACAGUUGGAAAGCUCAACAACGGACGGUGGAAGAUCAGGAUUCUUCAAUUCCAUUACCCUCAGACCAGGCGACUUCUGUGGCGAAGAGUUACUCACAUGGGCCUUAUUACCAAACGCCACAAGCUACCCGUCUUCCACAAGAUCAGUCAGAACUCUAACAGAAGUAGAAGGCUUUGCACUACGAGCCGAAGAUCUUAAAUUUGUAGCCAACCAGUUUAAGUAUCUUCACAGCAAGAAGCUACAACACGCGUUUCGAUACUACUCUCACCAAUGGCGAACAUGGGGUGCGUGUUUGAUACAAGUCGCUUGGCGGAAAUAUAAACGGAGAAAGCUUGCUAAAGAAUUGGCUCUUCAAGAAAAUGUGUAUUACAAUCAAGAAGGUGAGAUUGUGGAAGGUUAUUAUUACGAUUCGGGGAGCGGCGGCAGUUCGCCAACGAGUGAUGGUCCGGGUGGUGGCAGUCAACAGUUUGGGGUGGGAGCCACUAUGAUGGCAUCAAGAUUUGCUGCUAAUACAAGAAAGGGGAUUGGUGAGCAUCAUAAAGUUGCUUCAGUUGAUUCCUCUACUAGUCUCAAAAUGCCUCAGUUGUUUAAACCAGAUGAGCCUAGGUUUUGAAGUUAAUUCAUAUGAUACAAGCCAAUGAAGCUCACAUCAGACUGCUGUUGUAUUACAAGCUGUUGAUGGAAUGUUAUAUGUUUGUUGUAAUUAGUAAAUAGUAUAAUAGGGAUGUGUCAUUUUCCAUUUGAUUUUUUGUGUUCCAAACUAUGUGUAUAUAUAUAUGGAGCAAAAAAGGUUUACUAUGUACAAA